AUGUCACUCGUCGACCUCCCCUCGCAUCUCAUCGUCGACAUCCUCAAACUCCUCCCCGACACAAGAGCCCUCGCCGCCGCCAAGAUUACCCAUUCCGCACUGCACUAUGCCUUCAAAGAACACACCCGCACCAUCCUCGAGGCAAUCAUCUCCAACCAGAUCCCCGCCAAGAUGCUGCCCUUUGCCCAGGCUGCCCAUAGCGCCAGAUGCAAACCGUUUGGCACCGCCCAUGUCGUCGAGACGCUGCGCGAACUCUACUUUGGAGACCAGGAUCCAGGCUAUAACCCGCUCGUCUCAAAGGCGCUGGGGCCACUAACACUGCCGAAAGCUAUUGAUAUGAGCGAGAUGUACCAUGUUAUUCGCUACUACACACGCCGCAUAGAAAACGAAAUCGCCUCUGCAACAAAUCCGCGGUUUGGAACACCCACGUUUGCCAAGAGACAGCGCUUGACGUCCAAGGAACGGUUUAUAAUAAAGAGGGCGCUCUAUCGCUUUGAAAUAUACUGCGGACUCUUCUAUGGCGAUGGUGGGGGGCUGGAUGCCGACACAAAACGACAGAACUUGACAAAGAAUCUUGCGAGGGUCACCUUUUUAAGUUAUUCGCCGCCGUGGGUCAAUGAGCAGCUCGGCAGUAUAUACGACUUUUUGGAACAGUUUCUAUCAGAAUCGUUUGAUACAGUGGCUGCCCACGAUGUUGAAUGGGGCGCACGGAAAGUCGGCUGGGUUCGCUGUGCCAAAGAGAACCCAUGGAAACAAGGAAUGCUAUCGUAUGGUCUUCGCUUCCUGUGCAGACUAGACCUCACCAAGGGAUACGAUGCGCAGCGGGCGCUCCUCAACUCAAAAAACUUUCCAUAUACAACCAACAUGCUGGCAUCUCACCUGUCCGAGGUUGUCGUAAUCAAAAACGACGAACACAUGCGCAAUGCCACCGUGGGGCACUGGUCAAGGGACAGAUACAGACAGCGCCUAGACGACUGGGACGAAGAUCGACAUCCGCCCGUGGAUGGAGUGGACCACUUUCCAUGCUGGAUAUGGACACGAGUAACGAAUGAAUUGUACAUGUCGGAAGCUGUUUUUCACAAGGACAACGCGCUGCUGAGGAACGCGGGCUAUGUACUGUGGGAUCACUCGCCUGAUAGAUUUGGCGACUUUUACGACACCAUUGACCAGCUGAACCACCUGAGACGACCAAAGAUGCAGCUCCAGAUGCAGCUGGAGAUGGAAGAGAGCCGCUCGUUUGAAGACCGAAAAGAGAUUUUCGACAAGGGCGGGCAGGGGUACUGGUCCAAGGGCAACAUGCGCCGAAUUGAGUGGCAUGGCAUACAGGAUAAGCAUGAUCUGGUGCUGCCGGGGCUCGCAGAGAUUUCGCUUCAAAGUGACUGA